GCCUCCAUGUUACCUCAGGUCCUACUGCCUCCAUGUUACCUCAGGUCCUACUGUCUCAUCAAUGCCUCAAUGUUCCUGCAGGUCCUACUGUCUCAUCAAUGCCUCCAUGUUACCUCAGGUCCUACUGCCUCCAUGUUACCUCAGGUCCUACUGCCUCCAUGUUACCUCAGGUCCUACUGCCUCCAUGUUACCUCAGGUCCUACUGUCUCAUCAAUGCCUCCAUGUUACUGCAGGUCCUACUGUCUCAUCAAUGCCUCCAUGUUACUGCAGGUCCUACUGCCUCAUGAAUGCCUCCAUGUUACUGCAGGUCCUACUGCCUCAUGAAUGCCUCCAUGUUACCUCAGGUCCUACUGCCUCAUCAAUGCCUCCAUGUUACCUCAGGUCCUACUGCCUCAUCAAUGCCUCCAUGUUACCUCAGGUCCUACUGCCUCAUCAAUGCCUCCAUGUUACUGCAGGUCCUACUGCCUCAUCAAUGCCUCCAUGUUACCUCAGGUCCUACUGCCUCCAUGUUACCUCAGGUCCUACUGUAUCAUCAAUGCCUCAAUGUUCCUGCAGGUCCUACUGUCUCAUCAAUGCCUCCAUGUUACCUCAGGUCCUACUGCCUCCAUGUUACCUCAGGUCCUACUGCCUCCAUGUUACCUCAGGUCCUACUGCCUCCAUGUUACCUCAGGUCCUACUGUCUCAUCAAUGCCUCCAUGUUACUGCAGGUCCUACUGUCUCAUCAAUGCCUCCAUGUUACUGUAGGUCCUACUGCCUCAUCAAUGCCUCCAUGUUACCUCAGGUCCUACUGUCUCAUCAAUGCCUCCAUGUUACCUCAGGUCCUACUGUCUCAUCAAUGCCUCCAUGUUACCUCAGGUCCUACUGUCUCAUCAAUGCCUCCAUGUUAUUGCAGGUCCUACUGUCUCAUCAAUGCCUCCAUGUUACCUCAGGUCCUACUGUCUCAUCAAUCCCUCCAUGUUACUGUAGGUCCUACUGCCUCAUCAAUGCCUCCAUGUUACCUCAGGUCCUACUGUCUCAUCAAUGCCUCCAUGUUACCUCAGGUCCUACUGUCUCAUCAAUGCCUCCAUGUUACCGCAGGUCCUACUGUCUCAUCAAUGCCUCCAUGUUACCUCAGGUCCUACUGCCUCAUCAAUGCCUCCAUGUUACUGUAGGUCCUACUGCCUCAUCAAUGCCUCCAUGUUACUGCAGGUCCUACUGCCUCAUCAAUGCCUCCAUGUUACUGCAGGUCCUACUGCCUCAUCAAUGCCUCCAUGUUACUGCAGGUCCUACUGCCUCAUCAAUGCCUCCAUGUUACCUCAGGUCCUACUGCCUCAUCAAUGCCUCCAUGUUACCUCAGGUCCUACUGCCUCCAUGUUACCUCAGGUCCUACUGCCUCCAUGUUACCUCAGGUCCUACUGCCUCCAUGUUACCUCAGGUCCUACUGUCUCAUCAAUGCCUCCAUGUUACCUCAGGUCCUACUGCCUCAUCAAUGCCUCCAUGUUACCUCAGGUCCUACUGCCUCCAUGUUACCUCAGGUCCUACUGCCUCCAUGUUACCUCAGUUCCUACUGCCUCCAUGUUACCUCAGGUCCUACUGUCUCAUCAAUGCCUCCAUGUUACCUCAGGUCCUACUGCCUCCAUGUUACCUCAGGUCCUACUGUCUCAUCAAUGCCUCCAUGUUACCUCAGGUCCUACUGCCUCAUCAAUGCCUCCAUGUUACCUCUGAUCCUACUGCCUCAUCAAUGCCUCCAUGUUACUGUAGGUCCUACUGCCUCAUCAAUGCCUCCAUGUUACUGUAGGUCCUACUGCCUCAUCAAUGCCUCCAUGUUACUGCAGGUCCUACUCCAGCAGUACCAAGAUGGGCAAGGCAGCAGACAUCUUCAAGGACUCUGUGUCUCCGUCCGAGGGGAGGCGGCUCUCUCUUACCUCAGGGCUCAUCGGGAUCCUCGCCCCCUCGCUCGCCACGCCA